GCAGAACAAACAUCCCUAAUCAAACAGCAAGAAUGUCCAUCAUCCGCAUUUCCCUGGGCCAGUUCAUGUCCACGACGCGGGCCUCCCUCUUACAAUCACUAAAGGCUCCAAAACCCCUGCACAUAGUUAUUGGCAAUGAAUCCGUUGACAUUGACUCCUUUGCCUCCUCCCUCCUUUACGCCUACUACACCCCAACCCCAACAGCACCCUUUCUCUCGAUGCCCCGGGCGGACAUGGCCCUCAGACCGGAGAUCCAUCAUCUCCUAACCCUUCUAAAAAUCUCUCCAGAAGACCUCCUCUUCACGGACGACCCGCCCCUCUCCACCCUACCCAAAAGCACCCGGAUAGCCUUAGUAGACCACAACAGGCUCGAACCCGCCCUCCGCGUAUUCUUCCAAGAUGCCAAUGUCCGUGCAAUAAUCGACCACCAUGAAGAUGAGGGCCGUAGCCCCAACGCGAAACCUAGGAUUAUAGAAAAGAGCGGGAGCUGUGCCUCACUAGUCACGAACUAUUUCAAAGAUGUCUUCCCCACAAAUGGGGUUGUUAGGGGAGAGUUAGCAAGGUUGGGAAUAGCAGCUGCGCUAAUCGACACCACGAACCUAACGAACAAAGUCACGGAGCACGACCUCUCCGCUGUGGAGUUCCUGGAAAGCGUGAUAAAGGGCAUGCCGGUCGAACCCGGUGGAGAGAAGUGGGAUCGUCAGAAAUUCUUUGACGGCAUCUGGGAUGCCAAGAAUGAUAUUGAUCAAAUGCCGUUACGGGAUCUCCUAAGGAAGGAUUGGAAAGAGUGGACCGAAGACAAUGGAAAAAAGCUUGGCAUUGCGUGUAUCGUCAGAGACCUGGAGUGGCUACAAAGUCGUCCAAACCAGGACUCCUUCCUCCAGGGUGUCAAGUCCUGGGCCCAUGAGCGGGGAUUGGACCUUGUUUCUGUCAUGACGACGAUUGGUCAGGGGGACGAGUUCAAGAGGGAGCUUAUGGUCUGGGCUCUUAAAGACUCCAUUAAGGGGACUGUCCCCGCAUUCGAAGAGAAGGCUCAAAAGGCAGACUUGCAGUUGCAGAGUUGGAGAGAUGGAGGGUUGGAUUUGAAAGAUGGGGGCAGGAAAGCGUGGAGGCAGUUUAACCUUGUAGCGAGUAGGAAGCAGGUUUCACCGCUCCUGAGAGAGAGCUUGAGGGAGGUGGUGGUGGAGAUGGAGGGAGGGAGGGAGUCGAAAGUUUAG